CUGCCCCUUUAAUUCAGGCCCCACCUGCUCUGGUCAGACAGGUUUGGAGACACAGGUAAAAGGAGUCAGACUGAGACUGAGAGAAACACUUGCCGAGCCAGCAGAGACCUGGGCAGCUCCUUCCCGGAUACUGGGAACCCUCACCUCUCUCCAGAUGAAAAAGAUGACAUGAGCUUGUGGAGCCCCCAGCAUGACAGAACCCGAGACGCUGGCCCUAUUGGAAGUGAAGGGGCCUGAAGCCCCAGAGAAGAGCCCGCCCCAGACUCUGAUCCCCAAUGGCGAGCAGCCAGAAGGGGGAAGUGAGGCUGAGUCCCCCGGAGCUGAGUCCCUCAGAGUGGGGUCAUCAGUUGGGUCUCCCACAGCCAGAGAGGGGACCGAGGAUGGGCUGGAGAGCACAGUAAGUGAGGCUGCCACUCUGCCCUGGGGGAGUGACCCUCAGCCUAGCGCCCCACUCUGUGACCCCCCGGGCUGGCGGGACAUUGAGCCGGACCCUCUGGAGCCACUCACCAAGGCAGAGGAGCUACCUGGAGAUGACAGCAAUGUGCUGCCUGAGAAGGUGGCCCGCGCCUUUGUGCCCAUUGACCUGCAGUGCAUCGAGCGGAAGCCCCAGGAGGACCUCAUUGUGUGCUUUGAGGCGGGUGAGGGCAAGCGCCGGACCUUCGUGCCCCCCCGGGCCACCCAUCCUGAGCCCCCCGAGUGCAAGUGGGCUGAGGCAGUCGUGAGGCCACCUGGCCAGUCCUUUGGGGGCUGCAGGAGCUGCAGAGGCCGCGAGGGGCUGAGAGCCAUGGCCUCAGUGGGAGCUGCUCUGCUCCUCUUCCCCUGCCUGCUCUACGGGGCAUAUGCCUUCUUGCCUUUUGACGCCCCGCGGCUGCCCACCAUGAGCUCCCGCCUGGUCUACACACUGCGCUGCGGGGUCUUCGCUACCUUCCCCAUCGUGCUGGGACUCCUGGUGCAAGGCCUGAGCCUGCUGUGCUUUUCUGCCCUGCGGCCCUUUGGAGAGCCAAGGCGGGAGGUGGAGAUCCACCGACAGUACGUGGCCCAGUCUGUACAGCUCUUUAUCCUCUACUUCUUCAACCUGGCUGUGCUUUCUACCUACCUGCCCCAGGACACCCUCAAGCUGCUCCCUCUGCUCACCGGGCUGUUCGCCAUCUCCAGGCUGAUAUACUGGCUGUCCUUCGCCGUGGGCCGCUCCUUCCGAGGCUUCGGCUACGGCCUGACGUUCCUGCCGCUGCUGGCCAUGCUGGUGUGGAAUCUCUACUACAUGUUCAUGGUGGAGCCAGAGCGCAUGCUCACGGCCUCGGAGAGCCGCCUGGACUAUCCGGACCAUGCCCGCGCUGCCUCUGACUACUGGCCUCGUCCCUGGGGCUGAGUAGCUCCGAGACACACCUUUCCGUACCCAGCUACAGGCCCAGGCUAGACCGACCAGACGGGUGAGAGGAAGCUUGCUGCCCCAUGGGAAGAGACGGGGUCCACCCUGGCUUUCCUGAGUCACCGCUUCCCUUUGCUUUGGGAGGGGCUUUUUUUUUUUUUUUGACACAGGGUCUCACUCUGUAGCCCAGGCUGGCCUUGAACUCGGGCAAUCCUGCUGCCUCAGCCUCCUGAGUGCUGAGAUCACAGGUGUGCGCCACCAAGCCUGGUAAGGGACUUUUCUUGCAGGGAAAGAUGUGGAUGUCCCUUAAGGAUACUGAGGACAAGGGGCCAAGACCAGGAGGAGAAGCAUGGCUCCUUCCUGAGCCGCCUUGCAAACUGCCGAUAGGCCCCCAAUUUUGGACUCUGGCCCCUCCCCAGCUUCCCGUGAGGCCCAACUCUGUCCUGUUCUAUGCCAGUGGUGCAGACAGAACUCAAGGCCACUGGAAACACUGCAGAUGUUUAGUGAGGACCCUCCUGGGGCCCUGUCACCUCCCCAGAGCUGCCACCUCCUCCCAUCCGAGCUGUGCAAGGCCCUGGGACUUCCCGCCUCCAGACCUCCCGGAAGUCACGCCUUCCACAGGGAGAGAAUAGCGGACAGGGCGUAGGGCGUCGGGCGUCCUGCCGCCUCCGCAGGCAGUGCGCAUGCGUCUGACCAUCUCGUCCGCGCAGCGCCCGGGGUGCUGAAGUGCAUGGCUGAGGUUAGCCUGUUGAGUGGGUGUGUAACAAUAAAUCAGCGCCACGGUC